AACCCGGCGAGCUGUUCCGUUCUUCCGGUUUCAGAGUUGAUCCGACUAAAUCAAGCGGAAGUGCACGAGCGUGUAUGUGAAGUGUAAAUGCCACCGGGAGCGCGAGACAAACAGCGGAGUGGUUUUAUACAGGUAACGGGAGCAGUAAAAUUGAGGUGUUGGAAGAACUUGGUGACUUGGUUGUGGACAUCACCACUGGGUCAGGAUGUCUGAGGCUAGUCUCGAGUCAGAGAAGAACCUUACAGUCACUCAGGAAGAGGUUCAGAGUGACAUGGACAAGUCUGUGAGCCAGUCAGAGAGCUUGACUGAUGACACGCAUGUGACUGAGAGCCACAUUAAUGCCAGUAAAGGUGCUACAAACCUCAGUCAUGAGCGUAAUGGUGAGGAUGAUGAAGGCCACCAGGAUACAGUAAUGCAGAACCGCAGCAAUAGUGAUAGAGUUCAUACAGUCACUAAGGAGAAGUCUAAUCCUGAAGCAUCACAGAAUAUAAAGCUGGUCAUGUCAGAUGAGGCCUGCAGAAGUCCAGCUGCUGAGCUGUCAGUCAGCAGUAACGGAGACUCGGGUGGAGACGUUUACCAGCAUGAUGUGUCCCAUGGACCAAUCACAUCCCACAUCCACAGUGCAGACCAUGGCCUGAGUGAGGGUGUGACUGCAGAGGGACCAAACACAGGACAGAAGAGUCAGCCUUCAUCCUCCUCAUCUCCACCCCCUAGCGUGGCUCCCAGUCAUGUGGCGGCUGGUCGUCUGUCUCGCUCUGGCAGUGAUAGUCAGGUGGAGAGAGAGACAGGUUCAGGAAAAGAGCAGUCCAACAGCGGUGCUGUGGUUCUCGCAGAUGACAUGAAAAACCCGGCGAUGGAAAAACUCGAGCUGGUCAGAAAGUGGAGCAUUAACACAUACAAAUGCACUAAGCAGAUCCUGUCAGAGAAGCUGGGUCGUGGGUCACGCACCGUGGAUUUGGAACUGGAGGCUCGAAUCGAUGUGCUGCAUGAAAACAAGCGUAAAUAUGUGCAGGUUGUGACUCUGGCACAGACGCUGGCCAGUCAGCUCGCUCAGAUGAUGCAGACGCAGCGACAGCUGGGUGAUGCCUUUGCUGACCUUAGUCUGAAAACUCCUGAGCUGCAUGAGGAGUUUGGCUACAAUGCUGACACUCAGAAGCUCCUGUCUAAGAACGGUGAGACCCUUUUAGGAGCCAUCAACUUCUUUAUCGCCAGCAUCAACACUCUGGUGAACAAAACCAUAGAGGACACUAUGAUCAACAUCAAACAGUACGAAGCAGCUAGAAUUGAAUAUGAUGCGUAUCGUACAGAUCUGGAGGAACUGAAUCUCGGGCCACGAGACUCCACCACGCUGCCCAAGAUCGAGCAGUCUCAGAUCCAAUUCCAGAUGCAUCGUGAAAAGUAUGAGAAGAUGCGCAAUGACGUCUCCAUUAAACUUAGAUUCCUGGAGGAGAAUAAGGUGAAGGUUCUCCACAACCAGCUGACCCUCUUCCACAAUGCCAUCGCUGCAUAUUUUGCUGGAAACCAACAGCACCUGGAGCAGACGCUUAGACAGUUUCAUGUCAAACUGAAAAUGCCUGGUGCAGACACACCCUCCUGGUUAGAGGAACACUGAGUUCUUAUCUAAACCCCCUUCAAAGGUCCUGCAAGUGGUUUGUUCCAGAGAAGAAGCAAGAAGUCCAUGCACUCCUCAUACUAAAAAUCUGAAAAACACCCAGUCUUCUUGCCAUUUUCCUGUUUUUCUACCCAAGGACACUAAAGCUGUUAACAAAUUUAAAUUUUGGAGGGAAAAAGAAACAAGAACAUAUCAUUUCUCUUUGGUUUUUUUAAGCGAGUGUUUAUCUGGGAGAAGUUUGUUGUGUGUAUGGGAGAAAAUCAGUCAUGCACUUUAAUAACGUCCUGAAAAGGUUGCGACAAAUCAGAUCUUUUUAUAAAAACACAAUAUUUUAUUGAAUGUAAACCAAAGGGUAUAAACAAUAAAUAAGUCCAGGCCUGCCAGAACUUUCUCCUACUCUGGUUUCUCUGUGUUGCUUCUAAACACAAGUGAUUUUUCUUCAUACUUUCAACUGGAGAAAUCCCAAUUUCCAGAGUCCCAGGUUUGAGAACAAUGAGUCUGGAAGUGUUUUGGUUUUUUUCCAUACAUUUUGGAAAAGUAAGAAGAUGCAUGCAGACAGGGCAUGCAUCAUUUUCUUACUUUUCCAAAAUGUAAGGAAAAAAAACCCAAAUUAUUAAAUCGAGAGGAGGGAAAAUCUUUAAAACCCUUCAUAUUUAAAGUGAAUGUUUUCAGAAUUGACAAUAAUGUGCCUUUUCUCUCCAUCAGUUAGAAAUACAGUACAUGCUGUGGACCAACACACACCAAUACAUGUGUACCUUAAUGAUGUGUAACUAAAAGGUCCUGCAGCUUCUUUUUCACUCUUUACUAUAUAACCACUUUUUAAUUUUAUAAACUCUCAUGUACUUUAUCAGCAUUCCUGAUUAUAAAAAGUUUCAGAACUGUUUUGUAUUUGAUUAUAAACCAAAAGCAGAUGUUUCUGUGUCGGCGAUGUUUGUGACUGCUCUUUUGUUUCACACUUGCUUGCUGAUACUUUUAAUAAUGAAUCUAUAUUUCUUCAACAUGUUUGCAAAUCUCAAAGAUCAGAAAGUGAAAAAGAAGUCUUCAUUAAAAAUUCUUUGUAGUCCAA